GGCGGGUCCUCCAUACCACGCCUGGAAUCCCUACGCGGGCUCGGCGCGCCAGAGAGGAUCUCGGCUGCUGCAGCAUGACGCCCGCGCCGCGCACUCUGGAGCUCUUCUACGAUGUGCUGUCCCCCUACUCCUGGUUGGGCUUCGAGGUCCUGUGCCGAUAUAAGAAGCUCUGGAACAUCAACCUGCAGUUGCGCCCGAGCCUCAUUGCAGCGAUCAUGAAAGACAGCGGAAACCAGCCGCCAGCUCUGCUUCCCCGCAAAGCCCAAUACCUGCAAAAUGACAUCAGGCUCCUGGGACAGCAUAUCCAGGUUCCCAUCCAGUUCCCCAAGGAUUUCUUCUCUGUGAUCCUUGAAAAAGGAAGUUUAUCAGCCAUGCGAUUCCUCACCGCUGUGAACCUGGAGCACCCAAAGAUGCUGGAGAAAGUGUCCAGAGAACUAUGGAUGCGCGUCUGGUCACGAGAUGAAGACAUCUCGGAGCCCAAGAGCAUCCUGGCUGCUGCAGAGAAAGCUGGCAUGUCUACAGAACAAGCCCAGGGACUUCUGGAAAAGAUCUCAACACCAGAGGUGAAGAACGAGCUCAGGGAUACCACCAACACAGCCUGCAAAUAUGGGGCCUUUGGGCUGCCUGUCACCGUGGCCCAUCUGGAUGGCCAAACCCACAUGCUGUUUGGCUCUGACCGGAUGGAGUUGCUGGCACACCUGCUGGGAGAGAAGUGGAUGGGCCCUGUGCCUCCAGCCAUAAAUGCCAAAAUUUAAGGAUGGCCAAGGGAAGCAAAACUACUGGAGUAAAAAAGUAGAUAAUCUGCUUACGCUUCUUCCACUGCGUGACACUAGCAUUCUGGUUUUCCUGUCUGACAGCGGUUCCUCUGUGGCCCUGGGGGAUGCCGGGGAGGGGGACUGCGUGUUACAUCAUCUACCUUAGUCUCAUGACUGCUUUUACUUGCGUGCCUCACAAGUGCCUUUCAAGAGCCCCAAACUCUACUUUCUCUCAGAAUAAACCUAACACCAUCAGGCAGAAUAUUUCUGUGUCCUGUCUGGUGUUUGUGUGUUCUUCCUACUGUCAUAUUCUGUCCACUCUGGGUGUUUCUAAACAGCUUUUUCCAUACUGCCAGCCCCGCUGCUCCCCUCAGGGCAGCUUGUGUGGAAGGAGCAGGAACCAUCCCUCUUCAGGGACCGAAAACUAACUAACCAGUUUGGUACCUACUGCCUUCUAACCAGUCAUGGUGCCUGAGAGGGAGCCAGAGCAUGGCUGAGCCUCUACCCAGAUAUUUGAACAGCUCCAGCUACACUAACCAGCAGAACAAGGGCAAGGCAGCACAGGGAGACAGGCUGGAGUUGCCAUGGCCUGGGCAAGGUGCUCAUCCCACAGAGUUCCCUCACCCACAAAGCAGAUUUCGAGAAAAUCCCAGGGCCUCUCUCCCUGGAACCCCUGUUCCUUCCCAUACAAACCUAUAACUUUCCCACUCCCUCAAUUAUUUAUCCAAAGGCCCGGCUCUGUUUGUGCCAGCUAUGCAGUAAUCAGAAUACCUUGUGUUUCAACAAUCUUUGGACUUCUUUGAGAAUACUCUUUAUUCAAAGCUGAAACCACACUUAGGCAUCUGUUAGAAACCAGGUGUGGAGUUUUUGAUGGCUCAAAGGUUGAGAGGCUUUAAGAGGGGAUGCCUUGUUCCCUCCCUCUGGCUCUUUCUAAUCUCCAAGCUCAUUUGCCCCGUUUAUUCCCCAUCAUUUUCUGUUUUCCUCCUCUCCCCUUUUCCAUUAUUCCAGCAUACUCUUGGAUUUCAAAUUAUCCUUACUAGGCUUAGCUGCUAACUAACCAGAAGUACAUCUCCAAGUACACACUCCAUCUUUCAAAAGAGAUAUCAUGACAUGUACAUCUAAUAUUAAUUUAAAAUACGGGGAAAUGUCCAAUAGUAAGAAACCUAAGAGCAAAUUAAAAUGUUACGUCUCAUGUAUUUAUGUUAUAUAUUCAAGUAUAUAGAAGUUCUCAUCUAUGCUGAGAGGAUAGUAGUGGAGACAAAGUUGUAUGAAUAAAGGUGCUGAUCUCA